AGGGCUCUAUCUCACUACCAGAAAUCUCCAGAGUCUCUGGCUGUGCCACCUGAGGGUCCAAAAUCGGGCUACUUAGUUCUUCAAGAUGAGGAAUCUGAAAGGUACACCUGCUUUGGCCUCUGCAAAAGAAGUGAUCUUUAAGACUUACCUUUCCCUCAGAAGAAGAGGCUCAUGGUUACUUAUAUCCAAAGUUCUGGUGAAACAACAUAUGUACAUCGUGAUCCUGUUCUUCUCAUUCCUGUUCUUGGUCACCCACUGUCUUCAAACCGCUACUAUGCAAUAAAGCCCGAUGGGACGCACAAAGGUGAAGCAUUUACUUGUUCAACAGAGGAAGACAAGACCACUUGCUGUUUCUGGAGGUGUGUUAAGGAUGUUAGACCGAAACCAUUGGAUCCACACAACAUGUAUCAGCAGUUUGAGGUUUCUGUUCGCGUGUCGUGUUGCAAUAAUAGCAAAGGUAGCUUUGAUGCCAAGUCCAUGGCACCUGAUGGUUUCCCUCCUUACUUUUUGAGGAGGAAAGGUGGGGGAAUUGAAGCCAAAACUUGUAAAAACUACAGAUUGGAAGAAGCUUUAGGCCUUGAUGUUUCAUUGCGUAAGCGCCUUCCAGAGUUAAAUAUCCCUCCAUCAGAAGAAGCUGUUGUUGUAGGGAAGUGGUAUUGUCCUUUCGUGUUCAUCAAGGACGGAACGCUUAAGGAUCAUAUGGAAAGAUCAGCGUUCUACGAGAUGACACUCGAGCAGAGAUGGGAGCAAAUCUUCACUUGCCAGAAUAAUGACAGAAAUGAAGGAAUUAGCAGUGUACUAGUGGAUACUGUUCUUGACAAAGAAGUACUUAUUUCUGGCAGCAAAGCGAAAUGGGACGAAAGUAUUGAGAACGGGGUGAUAUGGUUUAAACGGUUCAACGCAGAAACAGAAGAAACAAGUGUGGGGUUGAGGCAAGAAAUUGUUGAGCAGAUGAAAUGGGAGCAAGAAAGAGGAGGAUGGUCAGGUGGGGAGAAGGAAUUGAAGGUGAAAAGAAGAGAAGAGUAUGGAGAGUUUGGUGGGUGGAGAGAAUUUUGUUGCUAUAUAUUGGUGGAGAGGUUUGUGUUGAAAAGAAUGGAUGGAAGUUUGGUGAUAACAUACAGUUUCAGGCACAGUGACAAGAUUAAGAGCAUAUGGAUGUAACACUAAGCUUAUAUUAUAAUUUACUUGUUCAUUUGCAUGUCCUAAACACAGUUAAUUAAAUUCACUUCUUUGCUGUAAAUGCAGUCAUUACAAGUAUCUCGGUAUGUAUGUGAUGACAAUUAUG